AUGAAAAACAAAGAACAUGUAAAACUAAUUGAAAACAUCGAAAAGGAUAAUAAAGAGACUGAAUGUAAAUAUAUAAAACUUAAAACUAUAAAAGUAGAAGAAGCGCAUAAAAAUAAAAAGAUCAAAGUGAUUAAUAAUAAAAAUGUUAAACAAGGGAACCAAUUUGAAUCCAAAAAAUCAACAAAGUUUGUUAAACGAAAUCAAUUGCAAGUAUCUACUCAAUCCAGCUCAUUCUCGGAUAGUGACCAAAAUAUUGAAGCUAACAGAGAUAUUGAUUUAGAGAAACUUAAAAGAUCUGAAGAAACACGACCUGCCAGAGUUUCUACAAUAACUACAAGUGAGAAAAAAGGUAAAUUUAAGAAAAAGAAGUAUAAUGCAGAUCAAAGUGACGACGAGAUAAAAACUAACUCUGCAAAAAAAAAAGAAUAA